AUGAGAUUCUGUUUUGCCGGUCUGGCACUCGCCGUCAUUGGCUCUGUUCAGUCAAGCCCGGUUGCCCGAGCAGUCAAACCGCCGCAUUUCUUCCUCAUCGGUGACUCGACUGUCGCUGUAGACGGUGGCUGGGGCAACGGUUUCUUAUCAUACCUCAAUGCCCCAGCUAAAGGCGAUAAUCGAGGUGUCAGUGGCUCUACUACUGUAUCUUGGAAGUCCAAUGGUCGUUGGGACACUCUCAUCAAAGACGUCAGUGGAGCGAAGGCCGAAUUUGAGCCUGUUGUGACGAUUCAAUUUGGCCACAAUGAUCAGAAGGUCAUGCAAUUGGAUGAGUUCCAUGCCAACCUAGUCGACAUUGGUAACCAGAUCAAAGCAGCUGGCGGAACACCGAUCUUUGUCACUUCACUCACACGCCGUACGUUCCAAAACGGCGAGGUCGUCCAGAACCUCAAGGAGUGGGCUGCCGAGACUAUCGCCGCUGCUGGAGAUGUCGGCGCCCAAUAUCUGGAACUCAACAAAGCUAGCACAGAUUAUGUCAACGCUAUCGGAAAUGAGGAUUCACAGCGUUAUAACUGGGGAGAAGGUGAUAGGACGCAUCUGAACCCAGCUGGAGAAAUUGUCUUUGGAAGAAUGGUAGCAGACCUGUUACUGGAAGCGCGUGAGGACUUUUCGUCUUAUUUUACACCCAACAAGGCGCUUAGUGAUAAGAUUGCGAAGGGAGAGUUUGCUACUGGGGACGAGUAG